GAUGUAAACAAGGGUCCUCUCGCGGAAUACGGUGACGGGGCUACACAAUGGUGACCUGAGAGAAAGAAAAAACGAAAGGAAAAAAUGAAAAUACCAAAAAGAAAACUAUUCCUUCUUAUUAUUUUUGCUUAUGUGGCGUUUUCACUCUAUGCAGCGUACAAUGUCUUCUUCAGCACCAAAGUCAUCUCCCGCGUUCACAGGGUGGUGAAGAAAGAGACAGGAGUGCCCUCGGGUGUCAGGGACGGCGGGGGAGUCGCUCCUUUCUUCGCCGAGGAUUGGAAUCCGUGGGAGGAUGAACAGGUGGAGUACAACUCGGCUCUGGUCAAAAAGAGGGAGGCCUUCAAACAGCACAUGGGUCGAAUCGACAGGAGCAAACCCCAGAGAUACAAGGUCCAGGUCUGGGGGAAAGCUGCCAUAGGACUUUACCUUUGGGAACAUAUUCUAGAAGGACCCCUCAACCCUACUGACAAGGUAGCGCAAUGGAGAGAAGGGGAGUUGCAGUCAGGAAAAAUUGAUUUCAGUUUUUACACAGGUCCUGCUGUGGUCCAGGGCCAUGUCCCUGUGGACAUGAACAGCCUGGUUUUGGUUCUGAAUGGUCGCGAGCAACAGAAGGUCACUUACUCCACGCGGUGGCUGGAGCACGUCCAGGCUCUGGUUCAGUCCCGAGCCGUGCUGCACGUGGCCGUGGUCCUGUUGGGCAACGAGCACUGCAACAACGCCUGGAUCGGCCCCUACUUAAAGAGAAACGGUGGCUUCGUGGACCUGCUGUUUCUUGUGUAUGACAGCCCCUGGGUCAAUGACAAAGAUGUCUUCCAAUGGCCUCUCGGCGUUGCUACAUAUAGGCAGUUUCCUUUGAUCAGGCCUAAUACCCAAUUGAUUACCUCCAACAGACCAUACCUCUGCAAUUUCCUAGGAACUGUGUACAAAAAUUCCUCCAGAGAAACACUCAUGCAGGUGCUGAAACAGUCAGAUCUCGAUAAGGAAUGCAUCACCACUGCCAGGGAGAAGUGGCUCCCUCAGGAGACAGCAGACAGCCUGAGACGCUACAAGACAGCUCUGGCCCAGAGCGAGCUCACUCUCUGCCCAGUCGGGAUCAACACAGAGUGCUACCGCAUCUACGAAGCGUGCUCCUACGGCUCAGUGCCUGUGGUGGAGGACGUGCUGACGCCGGGCACCUGCGCGGCGGGGCCCAGCUCCCCGCUGCGUCUCCUCAAGGCCGCGGGGGCGCCCUUCAUCUUCCUCAGUGACUGGAAGGAACUGCCGGCCAUCUUGGAGAGGGAGAGGGCGAUGAGUCAGGAGCAGAGGGUGGACAGGAGGAGGCGGCUGCUGGAGUGGUACGCCAGUUUCCGUCAGCAGAUGAAGGAGCGGUUCUCUGACGUCAUCGAGGAGGCCUUUUUCAAAAGCGGCUGACUCUGGUGCUCGAUUAACAAAACCUUUCAAAUAUUAACAGGGAUAUUUACAUUUAAAAUAGUGUGGAGAAAUGUGAUGUACUACUGGAAUAGUGAGCCUGGUGAUGUUCAGUGUAAUGCCCGCGCAGGUUAUUAUAAAAACACUUAUGUAUAUAGUUCAGUUUGUAACUUGCCAACACUAAUUGGUUCAAGUCCUGUAAGGGGGGACUCUGUGACAUUACUAUAUAUUUAUUACUUAAAUGUUUACAAUUGUGACAUGUCCAGACAUUUGGAGAACAUGAACAAUUAGCUGCCUUGAAAUUUUGCAUUAUUUGAAUAUGUUUUAUAUAUCUCUGUUUGUACGUGCUUGAUAUUGUGAUUUUGAGGAAGCACUAAACAUUUGGAAUGAGACGGUUAUGUGGUUUUAGAUAUUGUUUGAAAAAUGGUACAUGAAUGUAUUUUGUAUCGUGAGCAGCUCGGUUAUGGACGUUCUUUGUGAGGCAUGUGUCACUUUUGGAGUUAAAACCUAAAAGAUAAUAAUAUUUGGUCUUAUAUUUUUCAGUUAUUAGCUGCAUGGAUACAUUUUUUUUUUAGAUGGUGCAAUAAAAAUAAAAUGGAGUGCUGUCCUGAAGAGAAGUCAGUGGA